CCAAGCCCGAGUUCAGAAUCUCCUGUGGGAUAGCGAAGAAAGACUCACUGGCCUACUUCUUCAAGGACAAGAUGGGCUGCCGGAACAACGAUACGACGUCGAUAUGGUUGUGUUUGCCGUCGGAAUCAAACCUCGAGAUGAUCUCGCCAAAAGCACUUCCAUAGACACAGCCAGCCAGAGUGGCGGCUUCAUUGUCGACAACCAACUGCGUACAAAUUUGCCCCAUAUCUACGCUAUUGGAGAGUGUGCCAAUUUCCUUGGAGAAACAUUUGGUCUGAUAGCUCCUGGUAUCGAAAUGGCAGAUAUUCUCGCAUUCAAUCUGACGGAAGGGCCUUACCACAGCAAGAGAGAGAUGAAAUCUCCCAACAUCAGUACAAAGCUCAAGCUUAUGGGUGUGGACGUCGCUUCAUUUGGCGAUUUCUUUGCAGACCAGGGCAAGAUCAGCAAACCACUACCAGGAGCUAUUAGUGCCCAUGCGGCUCGCAAGGCUCAGACAACUCCCCCCACACCAGAUGAGAUAAAGAAAAAGGUCAAAGCUCUUAUUUAUCGAGAUCCAUUCUCAGAUGUUUACAAGAAAUACAUUUUCACCGCAGAUGGCAAGUAUAUCUUGGGAGGCAUGAUGGUUGGCGACGUCAAAGACUACGUCAAGCUUGUCGCCCUCUGCAAUGCAAGCAAGCCCAUCGAGAAGCCUCCAGCCGAAUUUAUUAAAGAAGAAGGUGAUGAUUUGCCCCAUGAUACUCAAGUCUGCAGCUGUCAUAAUGUCAGUAAGGGUGACAUUGUGGAGUGUGUAAAAUCUGGCGGUAUUCGUUCUUUUGGAGAGAUGAAAUCUUCGACAAAGUGCGGCAUGGGCUGCGGAGGCUGCGUGCCCUUGGCAACUAGCAUUUUCAACCGAGCACUAAAAGACGCUGGUGUCGAGAUCUCCAACCAUAUUUGCAAGGACUUUGCUUACUCGCGCCAAGAGUUAUAUCAGAUUGCCAAGUUCAGAAAGCUCAAGGACUUCAUGGUAGUAAUGCGUGUCGUUGGCAAGAAGCCCGAUAGUCUUGGCUGCGAAGUUUGCAGGCCAGCGAUCGGCUCCAUCUUAAGUUCAUUAUACAACGAGAAUAUCAUGAAGCCUUCGCUGCGCCAGACUCAAGAUACAAAUGAUCGCUAUCUUGCCAAUGUACAGCGGGACGGUACUUACUCGGUUGUUCCACGUCUUCCUGCCGGUGAAAUUACUCCAAUGGGACUUAAGGUUAUUGGAGAGGUUGCAGACAAGUUUGGGCUAUACACAAAGAUCACAGGCGGCCAACGUAUCGACAUGUUUGGCGCCAAGAAGCAGGACCUUCCACAAAUCUGGGAGCUACUCAUCAAUGCUGGCUUUGAGAGCGGUCAUGCCUACGGCAAGGCACUACGCACAGUCAAAUCAUGUGUCGGCAAUACCUGGUGUCGAUUCGGGGUGGGCGACUCAGUUGGUCUCGCGGUGGAAAUCGAGAACCGAUAUAAGGGCCUUCGAGCUCCUCACAAGUUCAAGGGCGGUGUAUCUGGAUGUGUGAGAGAAUGUGCCGAGGCACAGGGCAAAGAUUUUGGUCUCAUUGCCACGCCCAAAGGCUGGAAUGUCUUUGUGGGAGGAAACGGGGGCGCAAAGCCCCGCCAUGCUGAACUGCUUGCUGAGGAUGUAACACGACGGCAAGCAAUUAAGAUCUUGGACCGAUUUCUUAUGUUCUACAUUCAAUCAGCAGACAAGCUCGAGCGAACAGCUCGCUGGAUUGAGAGAUAUCCGGGCGGUCUCAAGGGCAUCAAGGAGGUCAUCGUUGACGACAGACUCGGCAUAUGCGCCGACCUAGAAAUGGAGAUGGAGGUGCUCGUUGGCCUCUAUCAUUGUGAAUGGACAAAUGUUGUCAAUAACCCGGACCGCCGCAAAGACUUCAAACAGUUUGCCAAUACAGAUGAGACGCAGAUGUCAUCAGAACAGAUCACGGAGCGGGCCCAAAAACGUCCCGCAGAUUGGCCUGAAGACAGCUCGCCGCUUCACUUUAGUUUAUUGGAUAUUGCAAAAGACGCAAAGUGGGCAUGGAGAUCUGUCUGCAAGCUUUCAGAAAUCAACCGCCAGAGUGAUGCACCAACAUCGGUUGCUGUCAAAUAUGGUGAAGUUCAGUUGGCUGUGUGGAACAUCCCGGGUCGUGGCUUGCGCGCAUCACAAAACAUGUGCCCUCAUAAGAAGGCGUUUGUGCUAGCAGAUGGCCUAGUGGGGGAAGAUGAACAAGGCAGAGAAUAUGUGUCCUGUCCUCUACAUAAGCGAAAUUUUCUGCUGAACCCCAACGCAGCUGAGGGAGGCGGAAGCUGCUCAGACGUCGACUACUCAAUCAUGACUUUUGAGGUCAAGGCAGACGAGAUAAAUAACGAGAUACUCAUCUAUCUUCCUCCUACAGAAGCACUUGAUGCCGUACUUUCAACGACAAAAUGGAUGUUACGGAAAGCAGACGAAGAGCUGAGAGCAUUAGCAAAGGAUGCAGAGCCAGCAAUAGAGAUUGCAGAACCACUACCUCCAAGCAAGAUGAGGGGCCAGCCACCACACUUGGCCUCUCGUCAGACAUGUGGAGGAGGCGGUGCGCUCGACUGGUAAAAGUAGCCAACAGAUUGUAAAUGGUGUUUUAUAUACGUCCAUUUUCAACAACUUAAUUGUAUUCUUUGCCGUAACAUAUAUCAUUCAUUUAAAAUAAACACAUUAAAGCAAACUAGACUUUAUUAAAGAUAUAUCAAUAUUUU